AUGGCUUCUGAUGCUGUUCGGAGGGGCAAUGGCCACAAGAGCUACUUUGCAAGUUCAGAUGAUACAAAAAUAUGUGUGGUCAUGGUUGGUCUUCCAGCCAGAGGCAAAAGUCUUAUAGCCGGAAAAGCGAUGAGAUAUCUUGCUUGGGUUGGCAUCCCUGCUCGUGUCUUCAACGUGGGCAGCUAUCGCCGACACAACAACCCGCAACCAACAGCCACUUUCUUUGACCCUCACAACAGUGAAGGCGAGAAAAUGAGGCGUGCUGCUGCAGACGCUGCAAUGUCAGAUAUGCUUCAAUGGUUCGCAUCGGGGAAGGGCGUUGUUGCCAUACUUGAUGCCACAAACUCCACAAGAGCACGGCGUCGCUGGAUCUACGAAAGCUGUUAUAAUGCUAACAUCGAAACAUUAUUCGUCGAAUCAAUAUGCGACGACGAAGACUUAAUAAUAAACAAUAUCCUUGAGGUCAAGACAACAUCACCAGAUUACAAGGGGCAGGACCCUGAGGUUGCAGCGCUGGAUUUUCGCAAUCGAAUUCGCAAUUACGAGAAGGUCUACGAAACCAUUGAUGAUAACGAGAAACAUUUUACAUACGUAAAGCUCAUCAAUGUCGGCUCGACAGUGAUUAUCAACCAAAUUAAGGACUAUCUGUCGAGUCGAUUAGUCUACUACAUUCAAAACCUCCACAUUAAGCCUCGCUCAAUCUGGCUUUCUCGCCAUGGAGAGUCGGAAUAUAACCUAGUGGGAAAAAUUGGUGGCGAUUCAAACAUCUCAGAACGCGGAGAAGCCUAUGCUCGAGCUCUUCCAGGCCUUUUGGAAAAGUCAGGAGUGCCACCCAACACUAAAAUUGUCAUAUGGACCUCUACUCUCAAACGUACCAUUCAAACGGCCCGUCAUCUUGCUGCUGAGACGGGCUACGAUAAGCUGGAAUGGAAGGCCCUUGACGAACUCGACUCUGGUGUUUGCGACGGGCUCACAUAUGAAGAGAUCGCGGAGAAGUACCCGGAAGAUUUUGAAGCGCGUGACGAGGACAAAUACAAUUAUCGCUACCGGGGUGGAGAAUCGUACCGCGACGUUGUCAUACGUCUCGAACCUAUCAUCAUGGAAUUAGAGCGCAGCGAAAACGUCAUUAUUGUCACUCAUCAGGCAGUCUUACGUUGCAUCUAUGCAUAUUUUCUCAAUACUCCCCAAGAGCAGAGUCCUUGGAUGGAAGUUCCUCUCCACACCUUGAUCAAGCUCACUCCUCGUGCAUAUGGCACAGAUGAAGAACGGUUCAAGGCGGAUAUUCCUGCUGUGUCUACUUGGCGUGGCAAAGGCACCUCUGCGAAACACCAAGCCUUCCCCACCACUGAAUCUGCUACUGAAUUGAAAGCAUAA